AUGGGGUCGUUCAGGAAACGCCGUCGUUCGUCGAUGGCUGAGGAAAUCAAGCCUCCACCUUUGCGCACCGUGAAAAAAAUUUCCAUCUGCCGUGAAGUUGCAGACCCCGCCGCUUCUGUCCGCCGAGAAGUUCCAGUCGCCGUGUCCGUUGUACUGGAAAGCUUCAGUACAGAUAGAUGGAUUUUCACAACCCCUAAUUCGGAAAAAUUCCCAAAAUUAUCCCAACGCGAAAAUCAAGGCAGCGGAGCUAUAGCAGCAGCAGCAGAAAACAGGACGGCGAUAGAGGCUGAGAACAGCGGCUUCGUGGCCGAUAAGCGGCGGCUGCCUCUGUCGAAGGUCGUUGCCGACUGCGUCGAGCGGUGGUUCGAGGACGCGCUGAAGGAGGCGAGGCCGGCGACAUCAAUAUGCAGGUGCUCGUGGGCCAGAUGUACUACAGUGGCUAUGGCGUUCCCAAAAACGCGGCAAGUUUAUGUGGCCUUUGGAAACUUAGGGGAGCCUUUGGUUUACAAGGGCUUCAAGAGUGAGGUCAACUCCCCGCCUCUGCGCGCCGUGAACAAAGCUUCAGUCUGCCGCGAAGUUCCAAACCCUGCUUCCGUCCACCAGGAAUUUUCAACCGCCGCCUCCGUCUUUUCAGCCCCGCCUCAGCGCGCCGUGAACACGUUCGGUUCCAGCCCCCGCUUCCAUCCGUCAGUGAAGUUUCAGCCUCCACUUCAGUCCGGCGUGAAGUUACAGUCCCCGCCUCUGUUGAACACGCUUGUCUUUCCUUCCGCCUCCGCCACCGGCACCACCGACACAGAGACCUCUGCCCUCAAGCACUGCCCAAUGGAAGCCAUGCUCAUGCACAACCCAAUGAAGGUCACUACUCUAACCAGCCCAAUAUGUAGUCCAUGGCAGCCCAGCUUAUCAGCUGUUGGGAAACAUGAAAUCAAAAUCACAAAAGCUCAUAAAUGA